GUGCCACAACCCGCGCGAGCGAUUGAACAUGGCGGAAGCUGUCUCCUCAGCGCCUGGUGGUCCGCGGGGUUGUGCGGACGGGAAGGAUGCGGAUUCGCUGGAGAAAGUCAGGGAGGACACGAUGAGAAACCACAUGCAGCCGGGGGACCCUGCAGGAGAAGACGACGAGGAGGAGGACAUGGACCUGGUGGCGGAAGCCGAGGCCGUGGCCGCGGGCUGGAUGCUGGACUUCCUCUGCCUCUCUCUCUGCCGGGCCUUCCGCGACGGCCGCUCUGAGGACUUCGAGCGGACCCGCGACAGCGCCGAGGCUAUUAUUCAUGGACUAUCCAGUCUUACAGCUUCUCAGAUGAGAACUAUAUACAUAUGUCAGUUCUUGACAAGAAUUGCAGCAGGAAAAUCCCUUGAUGCACAGUUUGAAACUGAUGAGCGUAUUACCCCCUUGGAAUCAGCCCUGACAAUUUGGGCCUCAAUUGAAAAGGAAAAUGACAAACUUCAUAAAGAAAUACAGAAUUUAAUUAAAAUUCAGGCUAUAGCUGUUUGCAUGGAAAGUGGCAGUUUUAAGGAAGCAGAAGAAGUAUUUGAAAGAAUAUUUGGUGACCCAAAUUCUCACAUGACUUUAGAACGGAAGUUGCUGACAAUAAUCUCUCAGAAAGAUACAUUCCACCCCUUUUUUCAACACUUCAGCUAUGAUUGCAUGAUGGAGAAAAUUAAGACUUAUGUGAAUUAUAUUCUAGAUGAAAAAUCAUCAACUUUUCUAAUGAAGGCAGCAACAAAAGUAGUGGAAAAUGGAAAAACAAGAACAAUACAUGCUAAAGUUAAGCCCAAUAGUGGAAAUAAUGACCCAGAAACUGAAGUUAAUUUGGAUAAAGAAAAAAGGUCUCACAAGAAUCUCUUACUUAAGUUGAAGCAUGGAAGCAGGCAACAAGAGUUUAAUGAGACAGAGAAAAGAGGGGGAACGCUUCAAAAUGAAAAACAGAAGAGAGGAGGAAUAGCCAAUCAAAACAAGAGAUAUAUUUCAAAUAGCCCAGUAACUGCUGGAAAACAGAAACUUAGGAAAAAACAGGCAUGGCUUUGGGAAGAGGACAAGAAUUUGAUAUCUGGUGUGAGGAAGUAUGGAGAAGGAAGCUGGGCUAAAAUACUAUCACGUUAUAAGUUCAACAACCGAACAAGUGUCAUGUUAAAAGACAGAUGGAGAACUAUGAAGAAACUAAAACUGAUUUGCUCAGACAAUGAAGACUGAAUGUGAUUGCCAGAGCUUUAUUAAAAAGACUGUAAAAUACUUUUGACCACUACAUGUUCUUUAAAAUUUGGUGGAGAUUGAUAUAUCUUAAAAUUAUUAUUUAAAGCAUUAUUUUUCUGUGAAAAUUUAAUGACAAUUUGUGCUAUGGUGGUAAAGUUACAAGCCAUCAUUGUACUCAAGAAUGUUUAUGCAAUAUGAAUACCUUGAACUUUACUUUCAAUAUAAUUCCAUAUCCUCUUUUAGUACAAAAGUAAAACCAGAUAAGAGAAAAUAAGUAUUUCUAAGAGGGGAAGCAUGGAUUUUUAUUUACUUACUCUGUCUGUAGGCUAACCUUAACCUUAUAAGAUGCCAUGUAAAAGUGAAUAUUGAGGUUGUCCUUCAAUAUGAAAUAAUUAUUUGACUUUUGGCCUAGUAUGUUACUUACUGAAACAUAUGUUAAUAGCAAUAUGAAUAGCACAACCUAUGAGUUUUACCUUGAUUUUUAACCUUAUCUUGAUUUUUAUUUCAGCAGUUUCAUGCCAAGGAAAAAAAUAAUACUACCUAUAGGACAAAAUUUGUACACAAAGCUAACAAAAAUAGCUUAGUGUUUCUCUUAGGAAAUUUUACUUUUGAGUUUUAAAGCUUAAGGAUGGUUUCAGAUAAAACUUCUUUAAAAUUGAUACAGUGUUGUGAUUCUUUAAUUUAAUAUGGCAAUGUUGAACAUAAACAGUAUUGUUUAGAUGCUUAAAUAUGUAUUAACCAUAUGUUUACAAAUAAUAACAAGCAAGGUAAGACAUAGCUUCCUAGGCAGUUUUGAGUUCACCAACAGUUUACUCAUUAGAAAAUGUAGUCACAAAGGCUAACAAUUAUCUAGUAUUUUGAGUUUUAUGGUCUUUAUGUAGCAAACAAGUGAAAAUAUUUAUAUAUUUACCUAAAAUCAUAUUUUAUAAUAUUUUGUUUUCCAUUAAAGUUUCAUGCAUUUUUUCCUAUUCUUACAUGUAUGCUAUCCUGUAUAUAAACAGAAACCUGCUUAAUAA